AUGUCGACGUCGAAGUUCACCGUUUUGUUGAACACGUUCGAGCGGGACGAUUUGUUACGAAGAGCGAUCGCGCACUACGAACGGUGUGAAGAAGUUGAGGAGAUCGUGGUCGUUUGGAGCGAACCGAGAGCGGCGCCGAGGGAGGGUGAAAUCGGAAGCGAGGAGUACUACUCAAAGACGACGCGGACGCGAUACGAGACUCACAACGGGACGAGCAUACAGAAUAGGUUCGAACCGGUGGCUGGUUUAAGGACGCGCGCGGUUUUUAACGUCGAUGACGACGUGCGAGUACCGUGCGGGGCGUUGAGGCGGGGUUUUGAGUCGUGGCAACAAAAUCCGGACGAUUUGGUGGGGUACUUUCCAAGGAACUACGCUCCGGUGAAAAAGCGAAAUAAGAAGUGCGCGUGGCGAUACGUCGCAAGAGAGCACGAGCUGUGGUGGAACGGACGAUACUCCAUCGUGCUCACAAAGGCGGCGUUCAUGGAUCAGAGAUAUUUGAAGUUAUACAAGGAGCAUCUACCGGAGAGCGUGAGAAGAUAUGUGGACAAUGGAAAGAAUUGUGAGGAUAUUGCGAUGCAGUUCUUGACAUCCGCCAUCACGAGGCGCGCACCCGUGUACGCACCGGCGAGUUUGGCGUACUACAUUCGCGCGAAGCUAUUCGGGAUGAAUGUGCGAGGGAUCAGCAGCGGCACCGAUCACCACGUCAGUAGAGGACAUUGCAUCACAUCUUUCCAAAAGAUGUUUGGCACUCCGACGCUGCCACUCGUCGAGCGGUACUUCUGA